AUGCGAUACUUUGCCGCCAUCCUCGCAUGGACAGUGUUCCUCCUGAUUGUUCCGAAUGACGCGGUCUACGCCGAUGUCGAUGACAGUACCGAUUUGUUCUUCACCUUUGGAACGGACGUCAUGACCGACACUUCGCCCUAUCCGUACCAUCAGUCUGUCUCGGCCUGGUAUGAGACGUUCUUGAAAGUCGCCUUGCAGCGCAAAGCGUGGCCAGUAGACGCCUACGCCGACGAGGCCGAUUUUGCGCCCAUCUUUGAUCACCUCGUGGCAGCCUAUCCUGACGUUCCGGUCGCUGACAUUGGAGACGACGAGUGGGCAAGCCUGUUUCUACCAAAGGGCAACGAGCUCGUUGAGCGCGCCGAUGCUCUGCGCUCUAGCGGUGCAAGCCAAGAGGCAAUCACCUACUACAUGCGAGCUGCAAAUGUCUACCGGUUGGCGUACUUCCCUUGGGUCCACGAAGCCACCAGCAGGUCCAGAGCUAAGCUGGCCGCGUGGGAGCUCGACAAAGCUGCAUUCCAGGCCGCCCUCGACCUGAUGGGACUGUUCCAGAGCUUCAAGGCAGAUAUCCCUCUCGCAACGCUCGGUGGCAGAGACUCGAAUCAGCCAGCCAUUCCGCUCCGAGUCUUUCGUGCCAAGGGGCAGCGAAGAGCACAGCCGGUCGUUGUCAUCAUCACUGGCCUGGACCACUAUCACACAUACAUGCUCGAGCAGAUCACCGCUUUGACAUCGUACGGAUACGCAGCGAUCGUCGUCCCGAUGCCUGGAACUGCCGACUCCCCCAUCACGGGCCGCGAUCCUCAGGCGGAGCAAAAGUACUGGAACAGCAUUGUGGACUGGAUUCACUCUCACAACCGGCUCUUUCGCGCGCACUGUGUUAGCUUCUGGGGCAUCUCGACGGGCUCCUACUGGGCGGUGCGUGCCUCGCGCGUCGAGCAACAUCGCCUCCGCACGGUCGUCAGCCAGGGAACCGCGAGUCACUACACUUUUACAAGAACGUGGCUCGAAGCGGCCGAGGCGUUGGCUUACCCAGCCAGCCUACAGCGCGCGCUGAGCCAGGCCUUUGGCUACUCAGACCAGGAAGAAUUCAAGGACGAGGCCGAGAAGUAUUCGCUUCUUCGUCAGGGUCUGCUCGACCAGCCCAGUGCGCCCCUGCUUGCGGUCAACGGCGAGCGCGACACGAUCUUUCCGAUUGACGACCAGCGCAUCUUGGCCGAGCACGGCCCGGGUGCGCAGCUUCGAUGGUUCCCUCACAUGGGACACAACGGCGAGCCGUUGAGCAGUGCAUGGCUGAUGGAUUACUGGAAGCAGCUCAGUACAUGCUAG